AUGAAAUCAAGUGCUCGUCCUGUCGCCAAGCAGCGAUCAACGUCCUCGUGCGCAUCGGCGAUUCUGAGAUCGUUAUUCAAGAACAAGGAGGCCAUGGACUCAUUGCGAUCGCUCCAAUCCACAGGCUCCCUGGCUGAGGCGAAGAAUGUUCAAGAGUGCCUGCAACAGCCGAAAGCAUCCCAGGUCCCUGACGUAUCCGUUGGUAAUGCGCUGCCACACCUCGUGCAAGCCUUUGCAGCGGGCGAGAAACAUCUGCUGAGCCAUGUUCAACGAUGCCACCUGAGCCAACUGAUCGAGCGCCGGAUAGGCCAGCCAACCGUCGGCUGCUACCUCGGCAGGAUCAAACCCGGUCAGCUCGACAAUCGAUUUGUUCAGUCCUACGGUUGCACCCAGUGCAGCCAGCCCGUCACCCUAUCG